CUUCCAUUCUUGUAGCUUUAAGCAGUGCCAAGAUGAUGUACGUGCCGGAACACGAGCUACCCGACAUCCUCUGCUGCAUCUGUGCGGUACCGAUCAAGGCGAAUGCCGCCAACAUGUGCGUGAGCUGUUUAAAAGGACAGGUCGACGUCACGGAAGGCAUCCCGAAAGAAAUCAUCAUGCAUCAGUGCCGCGGGUGUCUCAAGUGGUCGCGACCGCAGUGGGUGUCGGCGGACCUCGAGUCCCGCGAACUCCUCGCGAUUUGUCUCAAGAAGAUUACCGGCCUGAACAAAGUCAAGCUCGUCGACGCGGGGUGGAUAUGGACAGAACCGCAUUCGAAGCGUCUCAAGCUCAAACUGACGGUGCAGAAGGAAGUCAUGAACGGCGCGAUCCUCCAGCAGUCGUUCAUCGUCACGUUCAUCGUGCGCAAUCAGCAGUGCGACGACUGCCAAGCAUCGUUCACGAACCACUCGUGGAAGGCUGUCGUACAAGUCCGCCAAAAGGUCGAACACAAGAGAACGUUCUUCUUCCUCGAACAGCUCAUCCUCAAGCACCGCGUGCAUGAGAAGACGACAUCGAUCGAGUCCCAGCCGGACGGCGUCGACUUUUUCUUUGUCGAACGCAACCACGCCCUGCGCUUCGUGGACUUUUUGCAAGAAACCGUGCCCAUCUCGCUCAAGACGGCCAAGAAGCUCAUCUCGGCCGACAACCACUCGAACACAGCCAACUACAAGUUCACGUACGCCGUUGACAUUGCGCCCGUGUGCAAAGAUGACUUGGUCGCGCUCCCGCUCAAGUUGGCACGACAACUCGGCAACAUCUCGUCGUUGUGUUUGGUGACGCAAGUCACGUCGUCGAUUCACGUGAUCGAUCCGUUUACGAUGCAGCGCGCCGAAAUCGACAACGACAAGUACUGGCGGUACCCGUUCAAGGCCCUCCGGUCGUCCAAGCAACUCACAGAGUACACCGUGCUCGAUUCGUCGCCUCUCGAGAUUUCGACCAAGGGCGGCAUUCCCGUCCGGACGAACCGAAAGACGCGGCUUGCGGACGUCGACAUCGUGCGCAAUUCGGAUUUUGGCGUGAACGACAUGCGCUUCCACACGGUGACCCAUCUCGGCAUGCUUUUGAACGUGGGGGACACAGCGAUGGGGUACGACCUGUCGACGUCCGUGUUUAACGACCUGGAUACCAAGCCCCUGGACGAAGCGGGCAUCUCGCUACCGGACGUAGUCCUUGUGCGCAAGCAGUUCUUGCGCCGCGUGCAAAAGCGAUCGCGAAAGUGGAAGCUCAAGACGAUCGAAGGUAUCGAGCCCACGAUGCCGCUCAAGAAAGCUGACCAGACCAAGCACGACCUCGACUACGAACACUUCUUGAACGACCUGGAAGAGGACAAGGACAUGCGGUCGCGCAUCAACAUUUACAAAGCUACCGACGGAAACGAUCACGACGACGAUGAUCACGAUAUGGACGAUGAUGAUGCCGACGAUGGCGCGAUUCCUCUGGACGAGCUCUUGGAUGAUCUCAACAUGGACGAAGCAGAGGGGAGCGAGGCCAUCUUGAGUGCCACCGCUGCCAACCAAACUCAAGGCCUCAACGUAGAUGAUCUUUAAUAUCGUUUUAUUCGCACCAGCUUUUGACCGUG